AUGAAAAGAUUAAAAGCUCUUUAUUUAUGCGUUAAAAACAGCGCUAUAGAGAUUUAUAUAUGUCUAAAUGAAAAGUUUCUGGAGCAAUUCGGAUUUCCCAUACAAGAUGUGACUUGCGGGAAAAUUAUUAAUUAUUUAUACACCCCAAAGGAUUCCUCGAGUCUGGCUAUUACUAGAAUAUUAUUUGGUAUUUGCAUGCUCUUGGACAUCCCCGAUGAGAGAGGAGGAGCGGUGAUGCCGACUCGCUGGGGAGACCCCAACACCUGCCACUUUCCUCUGCUGCCGUUUGUGACUGCUGUCUCCUUGCCGUACAUGGCCCUGGUAUAUCUGAUAUUGUGGCUUGGUGCACUUGGUAUAACCCUCGGAUACCGAUUUCGCUUGAGUUCCUGGGCAUUCACGAUAUGCUACUGGUAUCUAUUCCUCAUAGAGAAGAGUUUUUGGAAUAACCAUAGCUAUUUGUUUGGCCUGGUUUCGCUUCUCCUGUCGUGCACAGAGGCUGGAUACUAUUGGUCAUUAGACGUGUUUUUGAAUCCAUUACUGAAAAGAACAACCGUGCCAUACUGGAAUUAUUUCAUACUGAAAUAUCAGUUCUUUAUCUUGUACUUCGUAGCAGGAUUGAAGAAGGGGACAGCGGAAUGGCUGACAGGUUAUUCUGUACCUAACUUGAGUGAACAUUGGGUAUUUAGCCCGUUUAAAUUAUUCUUAACGGGCCCUCAAAUAAAUUACUUGAUAGUGCACUGGUUUAUUUUUGUCUUUGACCUGACCAUCGCUUUUUGGAUGAUGUGGUCUAAAACAAGGCAUAUUGCUAUGAUAUUCUGUGCACUGUUCCAUCUUAUGAAUACUCGAUUGUUUUCGAUUGGUAUGUUUCCUUGGGUCUGCUUAGCAACAAUGCCUUUAUAUUACCCAUUCGAUUGGCCUAAAAUAUUAUUUCGACGUGCCAUUCCUUCGACUGUAGUUUUUUUUAAAAGACGUAUUCAGUCAUUGAGAGAGAUAUUGGCUAAACUGUAUAAUAAAUUUAAAACUUACAAAGAACAUAUUCAAGAUAAAAGUGAAGAAAAUUUUUCUAAAGAUUCUGAUGUGGAUAAUAUGAUGGAGGAUAAAAAUAAUGAGACAAAUGAGAAAGCAUGUGACGGUAAUGAAAAGGAGACAUCUGAUAACUGCCUUGAAAAAAGUGAAGAUGCAAUAAGAAACUCAGAAGAAUGUAAAGAUAAAUACGAUAAAAGAAAAAUGAGAACUUUUUUAUUGAUUCUAUUACACGUCGUGACUCAAGCGUUUUUGCCCUAUUCUCAUUUUAUUACAAAGGGUUACAACAACUGGACAAACGGUCUAUACGGAUAUUCCUGGGACAUGAUGGUUCACACGUGGGACGUUUACUCCGUCGUCGUGAAAGUAGUGAAUAACGAAAACAAAGCAGAAUAUUUCGUAGACCCUUACAUUUAUUCGCCUAACGAUCGAUGGACAAGGCACGGUGACAUGGUUUACCAAUACGCUCAUUGUUUGAAAGACAGACUCCUUAAAACACACACAGGAAGGCAAAAUUCAGCGAAUUCACUUUCAGAAAACAUUUCUAUUUAUGUUGACGUGUGGUGUUCCAUGAACGGCCGUUUUAUCCAGCGAAUGUUUUCAAAAGCAGAUAUGUUAACUGUAUCCUGGUCGCCGUUUAAGCAAUUGUCGUACAUCAUGCCAUUGUUGGAUGAGGGGCUCAAUUGGAGGAGUUAUUUGCAGAAUAUAAAAGAAGAUGUUCAUUCGUGGAAUAAUUAUAGCGACGUCGUCUUUAUUGCGGAUUUCCCAGGCUACGAACAAGACAAAUUUAUUCCACAAGAAUUGGUGAACGUUUCUCUGAGAGUUCUAAAAGGAACGGUGAUGUAUGAACCAGAACUAACAGCUGAUUUAAAGGGUCAAUCACACCGACUAAAUGCGGGACAUCAAGUUAAACUGGACUCGGAAAAAUUCCAUAGAGUCAUAAAUAUUGGUUCAAGUCCAGCGUUUUAUAUGUAUACUUUUGCCAAUCUUACGGAAGCAAAUAAUGUGGAACAAUCAAAACCGCUUUUACCUAUUAACAAAGAACUAUUCAGACGGUAUAAAAAUAUGUUUACGUUCGCGAACAAUAUUUUUUCGAAUAUAUUUCGAAUUUCACAGUGUAAUCCGAUUUUAUAAUCCCUAGGCUUUUAAAAGAAAGUUUUUCAAAAUAUACCUAGUUAACUACCUACUAGG